UGCACAAGGAAUUGAAAUAGGGCCCCACUCUCGUGAGAAGCAGAGAUAGAAACAGAUCCAUAAUUAGUGCUGUACAUGAUGCCGGGAAGUGUUUGAAAUAUACGUGGUUUGGCUUAGCAGCCACUUAGGAAACAGCAUGGCCCAGCAGCCUCUUAAGAUAUAAAGACCUGACUGAUUUUUGAGGGAGAAAUGGAUGCUAGAGACAAGCAGGUGCUCCGCUCCCUGCGUCUGGAGCUGGGUGCUGAGGUACUGGUGGAAGGACUGGUUCUUCAGUACCUUUACCAGGAAGGGAUUUUGACAGAAAACCACAUCCAAGAAAUCAAAGCUCAAACCACAGGCCUCCGGAAGACAAUGCUGUUGCUGGACAUCCUGCCUUCCAGGGGCCCCAAAGCCUUCGACACCUUCCUCGAUUCCCUCCAGGAAUUUCCCUGGGUAAGAGAGAAGCUGGAGAAGGCGAGAGAGGAAGCCACAGUCGAGCUGCCUGCAGGUGACUGGAUGGCCGGUAUCCCUUCACACAUCCUCAGCAGCUCGCCAUCAGACCGGCAGAUUAACCAGCUGGCUCAGAGGCUAGGCCCGGAGUGGGAGCCCGUGGUGCUGUCUCUGGGACUGUCCCAGACCGACAUCUACCGCUGCAAGGCCAACCAUCCCCAUAACGUGCAUUCGCAGGUGGUGGAGGCCUUCAUCCGCUGGCGCCAGCGUUACGGGAAGCAGGCCACCUUCCUAAGCUUACACAAGGGCCUCCAGGCAGUGGAGGCUGAUCCUUCGCUGCUCCAGCACAUGCUGGAGUGACCUGCUUGCUGUGGGGGGCGUGGGUUCCCAAGUCACACAGGCUGAACCGGACUUUACUCAACAGGUGGCUUUGUUCUGGGCUUUUCAGUGAUCCUUAGAUGGACAGAAAAUGUCUGGAUUCUACUCAAGAUUACACCGUAGAUCAACCACCACUAACUCAACAAUCCAUUGGCUUUAAUUGCUUGAAGACUGUGUUGUAACUACGGUUUUGAACUUCAUGGCUGCCCUUUAACAGGAAGCCAGGAAACACACACACACAAAUAUCAUGCUACACACACAUACACACACACAAAUAUCAUGCUGCAGCAUUGAAUGCAAGUGUCCUGCAUACAAGGCAGCUACACUUAAUGUUGCCUGGAGACUGGACUUAGCUCUUCAUAAUGAUGAUGAUAAUAAAAAGCGAAUUGUGAUAUAGAAUGUGCCUCUUUUAUGAGAGAGUAUUGCAUCACACACACACACACACACACACACACAUAUACACCACUCUUCUGUUGCAUAGAUGGAGGGGGUAAAAAUAUGGGAAUGGCCGGGUGGUGGUGGCGCACGCCUUUAAUCCCAGCACUCGGGAGGCAGAGGCAGGCAGA